GACUUUCACACCUGUAUGCUUUAUAACCAUCUCUGCACGAAGGUAUACCUAACACUUGCAGAGAUGAACCUAUGCAGUAUCUUCCUAGGGUUGGUGGUCCUUGCGGCUGCGAUGGGUAAACCAGUCUACCAGAUUGCCUUUUCAACUGGUCUGUCGCAUCCUGUAUCGCUUACCCGUGGACAAGUCCUUCGGAACAACAACAUCUUCCUGAACGUUGGCAAGGCGUACGACAGCCAUACGGGGAAGUUUAAAUGUCCUCAGAGCGGGAUCUACAGCUUCCAAAUCCACGCUAUAACUCAAGAAAAAACAUCACUAUGGCUGUAGCUCAUGCACAACAACAAUAUUGUUGUGGGUGUUUAUGCUCGUUCCAGUGAUGAAAAUGACGGU